AUGGGCCUCACUUUUACUGUACAGAUUCGCAUUCUCGCGACCGCGCUGCCCGCGAUCGCGAUCAUCCUUACUUCCCUGCGCUUGUACUAUCGCGCGUCCCGCCGCCAUCUGGGAUGGGACGACGCAUGGGCCGCGUCCGCAAUCUUCUGUGCCUUCUUCCUCACCGCAGGCGCGUGGACGCGAAGCGACAUCCCGGGUGUUGGACCAUUCAAUCACUCGGUGCGCGUACGCAUCCUGGGCUAUUACAUGCUCCAAGUCGCUUUCACAUGUGUCCUGUGGGUCUCGCGCCUCUCCAUUCUCUUCUCCAUCAUCCGCCUCAUCCCUACCAUGAUGCGCCUCCGCAUUGUGGCCAACAUAUGCGCUUUCGCCUUCGGUUUCAUGUGGAUCGGACUCGUCAUUCUCAAGCUCGUCGUCUGUGAGACCAACACCGAAUGGAAGUCGCGCAAGGGCGUCCAGUGCGUCCUCGGCGAGGCCGUCGCGUCCGUCGAGAUCGCGACGGACUUCCUCGCGGACCUCGCGCUCGUCUUGCUCCCCCUCCGUCUGCUCUGGCGCAUCUCCCUCCCCCCCGGCCGCCGCGCGCUCCUCAUCGGCAUCUUCUCCGCGAGCAUCCUCACCACCAUCGCCUCCAUCGUGCACUGCGUAUACGUCUUCAGCCCCAACCGCAACGCCGAGGGCAUCUGGGCGCACGUCCUGGCCUCAACGUGCAUGAUGGUGGCCAACCUCGCGGUGCUCGUCACCUGGCUCCUCCGCUCCCUCGGCUACUCCGGCGGCAGCGAGCCCACCACGGGCAUGCGCACCCCCGGCGUCUCCGACGGGUCCGCCGCGAAGGGCACCGGCGGGAGCAACCUCACCACGCUCCGCUUCCACUCCUCGAACCCGAUCGUGCUCACCACGCUCGACCAGGGCUCGACCACGCGCUGGGACAACUCGACGGACGUCGACCAGAAGACCACGCCGUCGUUCACCGACACCGCGGCGGGCGAGACGGGCAAGUCCGGCGCCGCGUACGCGGUCUGA